AUGAAGAUUUACAGCUACCUCGCCAAACUUUACAUUGCUGCCCCGCUCUUAGCCAAGCUUGUUGAUGCCACCCUCUGCGGGUGUGCCAAGUCCAUUACUAUCAAAAUAACAGGAAUCUACGAGAACGGUGACACCGACACUCACUACGAAUACUGCGAGCAUCUUGGAGACGGACGUGGCUUUACUGCCGGUAUUGCCGGCUUUUGCACGGGCACAGGCGAUGCCUGGGAGCUCAUAAAGGCCUACCACGAGCUGACUGUUUACCCCAUGGAUGCCACGCUUGAGAAAUAUGCUGAAACCGAAAGCGACUCUAAAGUAGGUAUUGAGGACUACUGCACCGUCUUUGAAAAACUGGGCAAGACUGAUAAGCUCUUCCAAAAGGCCCAGGACACAAUCAGAGACGAAAUGUAUCUCAAGCCCGCGCAAGACUAUGCCAAGAAACUCGGUAUCAAACUCAGCAUUACCCAGGGCCAGCUGUUCGACACCAGCAUCGAGCAUGGCCCAGGUACGGAUCCCGAUGGCAUGGCCACUAUUGGUAGUGAGACUAGCGCCAAGUUUACAAAAGCAACCCCUGGUGACUCUGGAAGCACUCUCAUGAUCAAUGGGAAUGAGGUUGACGAAAUCGCAUGGCUCAGCGAGUUCCUCAAUGUCCGUUCAGACCAUCUCACGAAUCCCAGAGAUGAGGCAAACAAGGGUGGUAAUUAUUGGGCUCAGACCGUGUAUCGUAUCGAGUCUUACAGGUACACCAUAGAACAGAAGCAGUACAAAUGGGGCAAGACUCCCGUAAAGUUCCUUGACAACGAUGGCAAUCCUAUCACAGUCUCAUGCUAA